AUGAACAAGUCUCUUGAUGUUGUACCUUCAGAAACAUUUCCAAUACCUGGUCUCUUGGAUGGUCUAUUUGGCUCAAAAUCAAAUACUUCUCCGGACCCAGCUACUACUACAACACCAGCACCUACAACUACUACUGCACCAACAUCCAGACCUUCCAAAGGACUUUUGGGAGGAUUAGGAAGUGCCUUAGGUGGGUUCCUUUUUGGAACUGGGGAUUCAACAGAAUCUUCAGAUGCCUCACCACCAACUACUAUUCAACCAACCCCAAGUCCAACAGUACCCAGCUCCACUCAAACACCCACACAAAAGAGCUCUCGUGGUUUACUGGGUGGUCUAGGAAGUGCCCUUGGUGGAUUUCUAUUUGGUACAUCAGACGAAAGUUCCUCAAACGAGACAAACGAAGAAGAAUCAGCAUCCUCUGAAGAAGAAGCCUCAACUGAUUCAGAGGGAAAGGCAAGUGAUGUAGGUCCUGGAGCAUCAGCAUCAUCAGAAGGAGGUGCAUCUGGGGAGGCUGAGAGUAAAGCAAGUGAUACCAGUGCAGGAGCAUCAGCAUCAACAGAAGGAGGUGCCUCUGAGGCAGAGAGUAAAGCAAGUGAUACAGAUGCAGGAGCAUCGACAUCAACAGAAGGAGGUGCAUCUGGGGAGGCUGAGAGUAAGGCAAGUGAUACCAGUGCAGGAGCAUCAGCACCAAUAGAAGGAGGUGCCUCUGAGGCAGAGAGUAAAGCAAGUGAUAACAGUGCAGGAGCAUCAGCAUCAACAGAAGGAGGUGCCUCUGAGGCAGAGAGUAAAGCAAGUGAUACAGGUGCAGGAGCAUCGACAUCAACAGAAGGAGGGGCCUCUGAGGCGGAGAGUAAAUCAAGUGAUACCAGUGGAGAAGCAUCAGCAUCAACAGAAGGAGGUGCCUCUGAUUCAGAAAGUAAAGCAAGCGAUACCAGUGCAGGAGCAUCGACAUCAACAGAAGGAGGGGCCUCUGAGGUGGAGAGUAAAUCAAGUGAUACCAGUGGAGAAGCAUCAGCAUCAACAGAAGGAGGUGCCUCUGAUUCAGAAAGUAAAGCAAGUGAUACCAGUGCAGGAGUAUCAGCAACAACAGAAGGAGAUGCAUCUGGGGAAGCUGAAAGUAAAGCAAGUGAUACAGGUGCCGAAGCAUCAGCCUCAACAGAAGAAGGUUCCUCUGAGGCAGAGAGUAAGGCAAGUGAUACCAGUGCAGGAGCAUCAGGAUCAACAGAAGGAGGUGCAUCUGAGGCAGACAGUAAAGCAUGUGAUUCCAGUGCAGGAACAUCAGCAUCAACAGAAGGAGGUGCCUCUGAGGCUGAAAGUAAAGCAAGUGAGACAGGUGCAGGAUCAUCAGAAUUAACAGAAGGAGUUGCCUCUGAGGCAGAGAGUAAGGCAAGUGAUGCCGGUGCAGGAGCAACAGCAUCAACAGAUGGAGUUGCCUCCGAGGCAGAGAGUAAGGCAAGUAAGACAAGUGCAGGAGCAUCAGGAUCAACAGAAGGUGGUGCAUCUGAGGCUGAGAGUAAGGCAAGUGAUACCAGUGAAGGAGCAUCAGCAUCAACAGAAGGAGGUGCCUCUGAGGCAGAGAGUAAGGCAAGCGAGACAGGUGCAGGAGCAUCAGAAUCAACACAAGGAGGUGCCUCUGAGGCAGAGAGUAAAGCAAGUGAUAGCAAUGAAGGAGCAUCAGCAUCAACAGAAGGAGUAGCUUCUGAGACAGAUAGUAAGGCAAGUGAUAGCAGUGCAGGAGCAUCAGGAUCAACAGAAGGAGGUGCAUCUGAAGCAGAGAGUAAGGCAACUGAAACAGGUGCAGGAGAAUCAGAAUUAACAGAAGGACUUGCCUCUGAGGCAGAGAGUAAAGCAAGUGAUACAAGUGCAGAAACAUCAGUAUCAACGGAAGGAGGUGCCUCUGAGGCUGAGAGUAAAGCAAGUGAUACCAGUGCAGGAGCAUCAGCAUCAACAGAAGGAGGUGCCUCUGAGGCUGAGAGUAAAGCAAAUGAUACAGGUGCAGGAGCAUCAACAUCAACAGAAGGAGGUGCAUCUGGAGAGGCUGAGAGUAAAGCAAGUGAUACCAGUGCAGGGGCAUCAGCAUCAACAGAAGGAGGUGCCUCUGAGGCAGAGAGUGAAGCAAGUGAUACAGGAGCAGGAGCAUCGACAUCAACAGAAGGAGGUGCAUCUGGGGAAGCUGAGAGCAAAGCAAGUGAUACCAGUGCAGGAGCCUCAGCAUCAAAUGAAGAAGGUGCCUCCGAGGCUGAGAGUAAAGCAAGUGAGACAGGUGCAUUAGCAUCAGCAUCAACAGAAGGAGUUGCCUCUGAGGCAGAGAGUAAGGCAAGUGAGACAGGUGCAGGAUCAUCAGAGUCAACAGAAGGAGUUGCCUCUGAGGCAGAGAGUAAAGCAAGUGAUACCAGUGCAGGAGCAUCAGCAUCAACAGAAGGAGGUGCCUCUGAGGCUGAGAGUAAAGCAAGUGAUAAAGCUGUAGGAGUAUCAGCAACAACAGAAGGAGAUGCAUCUGGGGAGGCUGAGAGUAAAGCAAGUGAUACAGGUAAAGGAGCAUCAGAAUCAACAGAAGGAGUUGCCUCUGAGGCAGAGAGUAAGGCAAGUGAUACUAGUGGAGAAGCUUCAGCAUCAAGAGAAGGAGGGGCAUCUGAGGCAGAAAGCAAAGCAAGUGAUACCAGUGCAGGAGCAUCAGCAUCAACAGAAGGAGGUGCCACUGAGGCUAAGAGUAAAGCAAGUGAUACAGGUGCAGGAGCGUCAGGAUCAACAGAAGAAGGUGCAUCUGAGGCAGAGAGUAAAGCAAGUGAUACCAGUGCAGGAACAUCAGCAUCAACAGAAGGAGGUGCCACUGAGGCUGAGAGUAAAGCAAGUGAGUCAGGUAAAGGAGCAUCAGAAUCAACAGAAGGAGUUGCCUCUGAGGCAGAGAGUAAGGCAAGUGAUACUAGUGGAGAAGCUUCAGCAUCAAUAGAAGGAGGGGCAUCUGAGGCAGAAAGCAAAGCAAGUGAUACCAGUGCAGGAGCAUCAGCAUCAACCAAAGAGGGUGCCUCUGAGGCAGAGAGUGGAGCAAGUGAUACAGGUGCAGGAACAUCAGUAUCAACAGAAGGAGUUGCCUCUGAUUCAGAGGGUAAAGCAAGUGACACUAUUGACGACUCAUCAGCAUCAACAAAAGGAGGCGCCUCUGAAGCUAAGAAUGAGGCAAGUGAUACCAGUACAGGAGCAUCAGGAUCAACAGAAGGAGGUGCCUCUAAAGCUGAGAGUAAAGCAAGUGAGACAGGUAAAGGAGCAUCAGAAUCAACAGAAGGAGUUGCCUCUGAGGCAGAGAGUAAAGCAAGUGAGACAGGUGCAGGAUCAUCAGCAUCAACUGAAGAAGGUGCUUUUGAGGCUGAGAGUAAAUCAAGUGAGACAGGUGCAGGAGCAUCAGCAUCAACAGAAGGAGUUUCCUCUGAGGCAGAGAGUAAGGCAAGUGAGACAGGUGCAGGAUCAUCAGAGUCAACGGAAAGAGUUGCCUCUGAGGCAGACAGUAAAGCAAGUGAGACAGGUGCAGGAUCAUCAGCAUCAACUGAUGAAGGUGCCUCUGAGGCUGAGAGUAAAGCAAGUGAGACAGGUACAGGAUCAUCAGCAUCAACAGAGAAAGGUUCCUCUGAGGCAGAGAGUAAGGCAAGUGAUACCAGUGCAGGAGCAUCCGGAUCAACAGAAGGAGGUGCAUCUGAGGCUGAGAGUAAGGCAAGUGAGACAGGUGCAGGAUCAUCAGAAUCAACAGAAGGAGGUGUCUCUGAGGCAGAGAGUAAGGCAAGUGAGACAGGUGCAGGAGCAUCAGAAUCAACAGAAGGAGGUGCCUCUGAGGCAGAGAGUAAGGCAAGUGAUACCAGUGAAGGAGCAUCAGGAUCAAGAGAAGGAGGUGCAUCUGAGGCAGAGAGUAAAGCAAGUGAUACCAGUGCUGAAACAUCAGCAUCAACAGAAGGAGCUGCCUCUGAGGCUGAGAGUAAGGCAAGUGAUGCCGGUGCAGGAGCAAAACCAUUAACAGAUGGAGUUGCCUCUGAGGCAGAGAGUAAGGCAAGUAAGACAAGUGCAGGAGCAUCAGGAUCAACAGAAGGAGGUGCAUCUGAGGCUGAGAGUAAAGCAAGUGAUACCAGUGAAGGAGCAUCAGCAUCAACAGAAGGAGUAGCCUCUGAGGCAGAGAGUAAGGCAAGCGAGACAGGUGCAGGAGCAUCAGAAUCAACACAAGGAGAUGCCUCUGAGGCAGAGAGUAAAGCAAGUGAUACCAAUGAAGGAGCAUCAGCAUCAACAGAAGGAGGUGCCUCUGAGGCAGAGAGUAAGGCAAGUGAUGCUGGUGCAGGAGCAUCAGCAUCAACAGAUGGAGGUGCCUCUGAGGCUGAGAGUAAAGCAAGUGAUACCAGUGAAGGAGCAUCAGCAUCAACAGAAGGAGUAGCCUCUGAGGCAGAGAGUAAGGCAAGCGAGACAGGAGCAGGAGCAUCAGAAUCAACACAAGGAGGUGCCUCUGAGGCAGAGAGUAAAGCAAGUGAUACCAAUGAAGGAGCAUCAGCAUCAACAGAAGGAGGUGCCUCUGAGGCAGAGAUUAAGGCAAGCGAGACAGGAGCAGGAGCAUCAGAAUCAACACAAGGAGGUGCCUCUGAGGCAGAGAGUAAAGCAAGUGAUACCAAUGAAGGAGCAUCAGCAUCAACAGAAGGAGGUGCCUCUGAGGCAGAGAGUAAAGCAAGUGAUAGCAGUGCAGGAGCAUCAGGAUCAACAGAAGGAGGUGCAUCUGAAGCAGAGAGUAAGGCAACUGAAACAGGUGCAGGAGAAUCAGAAUUAACAGAAGGAGUUGCCUCUGAGGCAGAGAGUAAGGCAAGUGAUGCUGGUGCAGGAGCAUCAGCAUCAACAGAUGGAGGUGCCUCUGUGGCAGAGAGUAAGGCAAGUGAGACAGGUGCAGGAGCAUCAGAACCAACUGAAGGAGGUGCCUCUGAGGCAGAGAGUAAGACAAGUGUUGCCAGUGCAGGAGCACCGGCAUCAACAGAAGGAGGUGCCUCUGUGGCAGAGAGUAAGGCAAGUGAGACAGGUGCAGGAGCAUCAGAAACAACUGAAGGAGGUGCCUCUGAGGCAGAGAGUAAGACAAGUGUUGCCAGUGCAGGAGCAUCAGCAUCAACAGAUGGAGGUGCCUCUGUGGCAGAGAGCAAGGCAAGUGAGACAGGUGCAGGAGCAUCAGAAACAACUGAAGGAGGUGCCUCUGAUUCAGAGAGUAAAGCAAGUGAUACCAGUGCAGGAGCAUCCGGAUCAACAGAAGGAGGUGCAUCUGAGGCAGAGAGUAAAGCAAGUGAUACCAGUGCAGGAGCAUUAGCAGCAACAGAAGGCGUUGGCUCUGAGGCAGUGAGUAAGGCAAGUGAGACAGGUGCAGGAGCAACAGAAUCAACAGAAGGAGGCGCCUCUGAGACAGAGAGUAAAGCAAGUGAUAUAAGUGCAGGAGCACCAGCAUCAACAGAAGGAGGUGCCUCUGAGGUAGACAAUAAGGCAAGUGAUGCCGGUGCAGGAGCAACAGCAUCAACAGAUGGAGGUGCCUCUGAGGCAGAGAGUAAGGCAAGUGAGACAGGUGCAGGAGCAACAGAAUCAACAGAAGGAGGCGCCUCUGAGGCAGAGAGUAAAGCAAGUGAUACAAUCGCAGGAGCACCAGCAUCAACAGAAGGAGGUGCCUCUGAGGUAGACAAUAAGGCAAGUGAUGCCGGUGCAGGAGCAACAGCAUCAACAGAUGGAGGUGCCUCUGAGGCAGAGAGUAAGGCAAGUGAUACAGGUUCCGAAGCUUCCUUUUCAGCAGAAGAAGGUGCCUCUGAAUCAGGGAGUAGUGGCAUUUUAUCUACUGAAGGAGAAAGUGUUAGUGCAGAAAUAAGUAGUUCUGCACAGGAUGAUGCUGGUGGGUCUUCUUCCAAUGAUGGAUCGGAUCAUGUAGAAGCAAAAGCAAGUGCUGAGGCAAGUGCAGGAGUGUCAUCAUCUGAUGACGGAACUAUUAAUGUAAAAUCAAGUGCUUCAGCACAGUCGUCUGCAGAAACUGCAUCAUCUGAUGGUGAAAGUAGUCAUUCAGAAGCAGCCGCUUCGGCCGAGUCCAGUGUGGAAGUUUCUGUUUCAAAAGACGGAAGUUUACAUUCGGAAGCUAGCACAUACGCCGAAUCUAGUGCUUCAAGUACAGAUAGUACUGGCCAAACAGACUCGAGCGCUUCUGCACAAACUACAACAGAAAUAACAACCUCUAAAGAUCAUUCUGAAGUAAGCUCUUCUGCAGAAUCUGGUACAGAAUCGACUUCUCCUAAAGACGGAACUGACCUUAGCGAAGCAAGCAGUUCCACACAGUCAGGUUCAGGAUUGUCAUCAUCUACAGCUGGAACUGAUACAACAGAAGCAAGCAGUUCCACAGAGUCUGGUUCAGGAGUGUCAUCAUCUACAGCUGGAACUGAUAAAGCAGAAGCAAGUAGUUCCUCAGACUUAGGUUCAGGAGUGUCAUCAUCUACAGCUGGAACUGAUAAAGCAGAAGCAAGCAGUUCCGCAGAGUCUGGUUCAGGAAUGUCAUCAUCUACAGCUGGAACUGAUAAAACAGAAGCAAGCAGUUUUACAGAGUCUGGUUCAGGAGAGACAUCUUCUGCAGCUGGUACUGAUCAUUCAGAAGCAGGCAGUUCCACAGAGUCUAGUUCAGGAGUAUCAUCAUCUACAGCUGGAACUGAUGAAACAGAAGCAAGCAGCCCGUCAGAUUCUGGUACUGGAGCGUCAACCCCAGAUUCAGAUACCAUAGGAAAAGUCUCAAAUGAUAUCAAUGACCAAUCGACAGAAAAUUCAGCAGGAUCUACAGGGCCUGCAACCUCUUCAAGUAGUGGUUCAAGUAAUGAUAUUGGUAGUUCUGAAAAUAGCUCUAGUGUGGAAAGUGAACCAGAACAAGAAGAACAUGACGAUACAGAAACGGACACCAGUUCAGAUAACGAGGGAUCAGAUUCCGACUCAGAAUCAACAAUUACCACAACAACUCAACGAUCCGUUGCUGUUGCCUACACCACAACUCAAUCCCCAAAAACAACUUCACGUCCCUCUACGACGACAUUACGAACGACAACUAGAGCGACAACCAAACCGACAACAAAACCUACGAGCAAGAGCGCGAAGCGGCCAACAACUUUGUCCCCGUCCCAGAAAUAUACCGCUUUAGGAGCGAAAAAGGGAUCUUCUUACUCAGAAUGAGAUUUAAUAUGAUUUACAAGAGCCGGUUAACUCGAUCUCGAUAUAAUACCUCAUAACUGUUACCUCAAUAUUCUAUCAUAAAAGUAUGGCAGUAUUGAUAAUAAUGAUAUGUGUUCGUUUUUGUACCUUUUUUUGUAAACAUUAGUUGUUUGUAUCUCUGUAGGUGUUUGCCUUGUAGGAGGGAAUCAUUCAUUUAAUCAUUAAAUUUGUUCAACACUGAAACUAUUGUCAAAGACAAGUUAGUACCUUACCCAGUUCUUUGAGGACAUUUGCCACAUUGUUCAAUUUACAAACAUUCCACAUAGGUAGUUUUUCCAACACACUGUACAUUAUAACAUAUUUCUAGUCUUAGUUGUAUAACUUUAGAUUUUAGGGUGUAUUUUU